CUUUCUCAUGUGAACACUUGAGAUGUGUUGUUUGAUUACAACAGUAUUUGAUAGUGAUACCGUAGUGCUAUACACUCUAGCUACUAUUUGCCACUGCCUUUGGUUUGUACUGCGAAUCUGUGACCCAAAGAUACCACGCAUCUCGUAUUCAGGAUCGAGCGGAAGCCCGUUGGCGUACUUGACACUACUGCUCAUAGAAGCACUUUUCAAUUGCUAGAUGGAAUGGUUCGUAUCUGGCGAUGGACGGAUUUCCUGGUUCUCUUUAACUAAUGGGCAGCACAUGUGCUUAGCGGCAAAAGUCACGGUCUCAUCCAAUCCGCACUUCUUGAACAUCUUUCUUGGCCACUGGAAUUUCGGUUGUUAAUUCUUCUGAUAAUGACCUAGCUUUCGAAGUCAGUGUUCUUGAGCAGUAUAGCGAAAUUUCUUCAACAUAGUCGUUGUGGACAACUUCUUCCAGAGCGUUUAGUCAGACCGAAAAGAGAAACGUCUAUAUAUCCACAAAU